UUUAUAUAUGAAAUCACGACAUUCCAGUGUAAUUUCUACGUUGCUAAAUGCUGAAGCGGGAAGGGAAGUCAAGGCAGAUAUUGUUUUGCAGUGAUUCAUGGGCUCAAAUGGCGUCCACGUUAUAGUUUCAUGCUACACCCACUAUACAGCUUGAGCUAUCCGCAACUAAAUUCCAUCGAUCCACCUAUAAAAUCGUCGUCUCCUUGUUCAAAGAUUACCGCUUUCUCAAAUUUCUCUUCUGGGUUUUAUUUGGGAUGAAGGUAUCAAGAAACAAGAUUGGGAAGAGGAGGAAACCUAUGAAGUCAUCUGCUAAUACCUCAGAAAUUGCCCGUGGAGAUACUGUUGCUUCGAAUAUGGAUGCCAACAAUGGGUUCACAUUUACGGAAGUAAAUUCUGUUGAAGCUAGUUCUAUGAAAGUUAUCUCUUGCCACUUUUCUGCUGAUGGAAAAUGGCUUGCUACUGCUGGCCAUGACAAAAAGGCUGUAUUGUGGUAUGCGGAUGGGUUAAAGCCAAAAUCCACCUUUGAAGGGCAUACAUCUUUGAUUACAGACGUCUGUUUCAGUCCUAGCAUGCCAUAUCUUGCAACGUCUUCAUUUGACAAAACUAUCAGGGUCUGGGAUGCUGGCAAUCCUCGAGACUCGUUACAUAUUUUUAGGGGACAUUCUACUUGUGCUCUGUCAGUAGACUUCCACCCAAACAGAAAUGAACUUAUCUGCUCUUGUGAUGGGAAUGGUGAGAUACGGUACUGGAGUAUUACUGACAGCAACUGUGCAGGAGUGUUCAAGGGUGGCACAUCCCAUAUAAAAUUUCAACCCCGUCUAGGGAGGUAUCUUGCUGCAGCUGAGGAUAAUGCUGUGUCUAUACUAGAUGUUGAGACUCAAGCUCGUCAGGAUUUAUUACAGGGACAUGUUAAACCAAUUCAGUUUCUGUGCUGGGAUCCUUCAGGCGAGUAUAUAGCAUCUGUCAGUGAGGAUGCUAUCAGACUCUGGAAACUUGGAUCAGGGGGUGAGGGAGAAUGCAUUCAAGAGUUGAUUUCUAAUGGCUGCAAAUUCCACUCUUGUGUUUUUCAUCCUGCAAACUCUUCAUUGCUAAUCAUUGGCUGUGACCAGUCUUUGGAGCUUUGGAACACGACCGAGAACAAGUCUAUGACCGUUCCAGCUCAUGAAGGAUUAAUUGCUUCAUUAGCUGUAUCAACUGUGACUCGGUUGGUUGCUUCUGCUAGUCAUGAUAAGUUUGUCAAGCUGUGGAUUUGACUCUGCUAGUUCAUUGUCAUUUAAGCGGUUCUAGCUUGUUUAUUUUGGCUGCAUAAUUUCCCACUUUGCGUUUUUUCAAGUUUAGCUCCUCCAACCCCUGAAGCUAACCUUGUUUGUCACAUGUCACUGAUUUUAAGCAAAUGAAAGUUCAAGCCUCUUGAGUUUUGGAAUUGGACCUGAUAAUAAACGAGGUCUGAAACCCAGCCAAAAUCAAGACGAGUGGAUACCUGCAAGACGAGUGGAUACCUGCAAUCAAAGAAGAGUUUAGAGAGCUCUCAGCCUAAUGCUGGGAGUUUCAACCCAAGUUAGAAACCUUGUAAUGAAAUAGGAUACGCUUGAGAAAAUAUAUUGUAGUGGAUUAUAAUAUGUUGUAUGAAGUUAUUUUCAUAUCUGCUAAGAUGUGUUGUUGUGGUUGAAGAGUCUAAAUUAUAAUUACACUAUGUUAUUAGGACCUUUUUUGUGAUUUUCCCACUAAUAAAACAAAUAUUAUUUAUCCCAA